GCGGGGCGUGAUUGAGUGUGUUCCGGACAGCAAAUCGCGCGACCAAAUUGGACGCCAAACAGACAGUGGAAUGUACGAUUACUUUCUGAGCACUUUUGGCAACGAGACUACCCCUUCGUUUCAGCUCGCGCGACGAAACUUCAUUCUCAGUAUGGCGGCCUACAGCGUGUUCUGCUAUUUGUUACAAGUCAAAGAUCGACACAAUGGAAAUAUCAUGUUGGACAAACACGGUCAUCUAAUCCACAUCGAUUUCGGUUUCAUGUUCGAGAGCAGUCCUGGUGGAAAUUUCGGUUGGGAGCCCGACAUCAAGUUGAGUAAAGAGAUGUGGAUGAUUAUGGGCGGUCGCCUGGAAAGUCCACCCUUCAAAUGGUUCGAGUCGCUUUCGGUGCAAGCGUAUCUGGCCGUGAGGCCAUAUCAGGAAGCGAUUGUCGCUUUGGUCUCCCUUAUGCUUGACACCGGUCUCCCUUGUUUCCGAGGUCAGACCAUCAAACUGCUUCGUCAACGUUUCGCCCCCGAGAUGACUGAUCGUGAAGCGGCAGCUAGCUAUCGACGCGUUCUGCGCACGUGUCUGGCGCACUGGCGUGGAAAAUCCUACGAUGUGAUACAAUAUAUGCAAAAUCAGAUUCCCUAUUGAUUUUUACUUUAUCCCUUUCGUCUGGUUUGUAAAUUUCUCCUCGGUGACGGGCGCAUCUUGUUGCGGAUCGGGCUGUCUUCAAAGCCCUCCCGCUACUGGGUUAUCUAUCCAUUUCUUCUUGCCAGCGAUCGUCCUAUUUAUUAUUCCCCGUGUUCUCCCCUGAAUUAUUUAUUGAUAUUUUUCUACUUUCCGUCUGAAAACACUGGGUCGUCGUACCCAUCUUCCCGAUGAACCAACAUAAACAGUUUAAUUCACUCGUUUCAUGCCCCAUUUCUUUUCUCUCUUUCCUGUGCAUUGUGUGCAGAGUCACUUUCAUCUGGCUGUAAUAUUAUGCGCUUGUGGUUUAUCUAUGCCUUUUCAAUCGGAUGUCGGUCGUGUAUCUGCAUCCUGUCCACACAUCCGCUUGAUACCAACUUCGUUUCUCAACGAAAAACAAUUGUAUUCGCUAAUGUUGACAUUUCUGCUAUUCGGUCUCGGACCAUAGCGCUCCAUCUUCAGAUGGCGCAACCGCUUUAUUUCACUUCGAUCGGAUGUUAUGAAAUCACCAAUGACUAUCAGUUCAAAGUGUGCUUGAAACUGUGUUAUCUGUAACGCUGCUUAUGGUGCUGGGCAGUGAAAGCCGCAAAGAGGCUGUGUCACUUAUGCCGUCUUUUGUCCGCACGAUAACCAGCUGUUUGUGACCGUGCGUGGGCACGAUCUGGACGCCUUGAACUUGAAUGUUUGCUUACGGCGUUUAGAUGUUACGUUAGGUGCCCCUUCUCUUCCUCUUAUUAUUUUUCAUUCCCUGGGUCGCUGUGAUUGAACAAUGAUUUUAUACGGGUUAAGAAGCAUUGCUUUACAAGCCC